GUGUGCUGUGCAGUUUGUCACCUGCUGGUGUGACUUCGCGCUCUUCUUGCUGUGUCUCCCAUACGCGUUCUUCCUGGCGCUGUGGGUCUUUGCUUGGUCGUAGUCGCUGGAGAAGGGUGAACUAAGGAACGGAAGUUAUGGGGAAGGCCAAGAAAUCCCGAGCUGUGCGGGUGAAGUUCGCCCAGGCCAAGCGCUUGCUGAGCCCGAAGGACUGCCGCUUGAAGGGGAACCAGGAGAAGGAAGAAACCAAGAGAAAAAAGGCGAAAGAGGCGGAGACGAAUCACGUGAAACAAGUCCCCACUGCCAUGUUCUUCGCGCACAAUACCGCCCUCGGCCCUCCGUACCACGUUCUCAUCGACACCAACUUCAUCAACUUCUCCAUCAAGAACAAGCUCGACAUCGUGAAAGCCAUGAUGGACUGUCUGCUGGCGAAGGCCAUCCCCUGUGUCACGGACUGCGUGGUGGCAGAGCUGGAGAAGCUUGGGCCCAAGUAUCGCGUGGCACUGCGACUGUCCAAGGACCCUAGGUUUCAGAGACUGCCCUGCUCCCACACCGGGACUUACGCGGAUGACUGCUUGGUUCAGCGGGCAGAACAGCACCGAUGCUACAUCGUGGCCACUUGCGACAAGGAGCUCAAGCGCCGGAUACGCAAAAUUCCGGGCGUGCCCAUCAUGUACAUCUCCAACAGAAAAUUCUCGAUAGAACGAAUGGCCGAGGCCUUUGGGGCGCCGCCGACCUAAAUGAAGUAGUGUUCCAGUGUGUGGUCUUGUUUCCUCUUAACACCCGUGCGACUCGACGGUGGUACUGCGAUCUGGAGUUUCGCACGGCUUUUAGGGACGAAUCACCCGUUUUACGAAGGAUAGCAGCGUGCCAGAUAGCGGGCAGUGCUAAAGGCCAGACGACAAAUGAACAGAGCGUGUUCAGCUUGAUGGUGUCCCGGCAUGGGUAAAAUCAUGAGUGCGCGGGUGCGGCCGCGGCCAAAACACGGACAGCCGCUACCGCCGUUUCCCGCAGCACGUCACUGGAGUGUCUAGUCGUUCACAAUUCGCCGCACGUUGUACAUUUCAGCGGCUUGGGUGGGUCCUCGUGUGAAGGCAAUAUUUGUGGAUGCUUUGGAGGUUGGUCGUCGUAGUGGACCGCAACAUCGGCAAUCGCAACGACGUGUUGCCCUAGGGUUUGAAGACGGCGGUGGGUCUGGCUAGGAAGCGGGUCCACGUGUGCGAGGAUAUGCAUGGGGGGCAUAUUGUGACCCAUGGGCAACAUCUACUACCGCUGUAGGUGGGAUUAACAAUUAGUAGUGCUCAUGCGUUUUCAUUUUCGGCUGCCUGUGUGCGUCCACGAAUAUGAAUUCGUUCUGAACGUUGCGUGCGGUGUUGAGCACCGUUGUAUUGGAGGGGAAGCGAUGUGGCGGGUUGUGAGGCCGA